AUGACGAGCACCCCCGACGGCGACAUGGAACACUUGCUUGGUCAAUACGAAGAGGACGACGACUUGCCGGUGUAUUCGCAGAAGCUAACAUCACGUUGGAAGGAAGCUGUUCCAUGGGUUCUGGUCGGCAUUUUCGGUCUUCUAUCAGGAAUACUACUUAUACGUGAAUUUUGUCGGUAUCGCUUGCCUGGUUUCGAUACUGAAUUACCCGCGGCCAGAAAACUCAUUGAAUUCGAAAAGCGACAGAUGAAAGGCAGCGACGAUCAUCUUUAUGUCGGUACCCCAAGUCAAGAGACGCAACUGAAAUCGGCAAAUUCGCAGACGAUACGUUUUCAUGGCCACAGGACGGCAAAUUCUUUACUGGGUAAUCGCUCGGCCCUCACCCCCAUUAAUUUGGCAAAGUCAAUCUUGUUCAAGUUACUGACCAUUUAUCUGAGAGAAGCGUACAGUUCAAUCAUCAGCUUCAUUGCCUUGUGGAACCGGUUGAGACAGUUUCUGUAUCUACCAUACUAUAACCAAACUAAUUUUGCGAAAGAGCACGGAGAGUCUUACACAAUGGCACAUGCAGAGCAUUGCAUCAACUAUCUGAGGCAUAGUAUUCAAUGCCAUGCAGAUCUAACUCCUAUGCUUUGGCACGAGAAGAGGCUGGACAAUUCAUCCCAUACCCACAUGGGGACCCUUCAAGAUCAGGCGACAUCAGCGCUGUUCUUGGACAUGGAGACUACGUAUACAUGCCGGAAAUGGGAACCUAUUCAUGAAUGGGCCUCAAGCCGGCAGGUAAAGUACGAGGAACGGAAGGACCUAGUACAGGGGGGAGGCAAAAUACAGGUUUUGGAUUGA